AAGUUUAACGUUUCUAAUUCAAGUGCGUUGCUCUCUCGGAGAGAUUCAAUGGCUGUCAUUCAUUCGGGUCUGUCUUAUUCCAGUGCGGUGAAUAACAAUACUCUCUAUCUGUUGAUUUUGCCCUUUUCAACCAAAGAGCUGGAAAUUGAUCGUGUACUGGAGGACAAAGACAAACAUUCCGUAAGGAUGUUGAGUGAUUUUCUUCGUUCAAGAACACAAUUUCAUGGUGCAACUUGUAUGCAACAACAGGGAAGCCAUGAAAUGAAAGCCUCUGGAAAUUUCAUGUUGGAUCAAUCUUGGUGUCGUUUUGUGAAAAAAAUGUGGAGCGUUCACAUUAGGAAUACAGGCCCUGUAAAAAUCCUCAUGCUACAGAAGUCUCUCUGGCUUGACUCUGACAGUGAAAGUGGGACAACUGACGCGCUUGUACAAACCUGCAGUAUCGUGCAAGGUCCAUUUGUAAUAAGGAAGGAUGUGUUUCAGAAAAUUGGGGGACUAAUCGACGGUUUUGGGAAAUUAUCCUUAUUGGAGUUUUUUCUACGAUCAAAGGGCGAAUUGAAGAUUGCAAAGCUUGGUUCUUGCGCGUGGACACCCAAAAUCAAGCGUACGGAUCGAGGAAAUUUGAAAGGCUCAAAGGAGGUUCCUGAAUAUGCAAAUUUUGCCAAUAAACAUAAGGUACUUCGGAUCGUAACGGAGAAUAGAAUAGAAUGGAUGGCUUGUGUCGCAAACUGGAAGAUGUGCCCGGAGAAGCCCUAUAUAGAGCCAAGAGGUCUACCCGGCGUAGCUGCACCGAUAUGUUGCAGCACUGUUUUAUGGAAAAUGCUGAGCGAUUUUGUGAGAGGGCUAAACAAACUGGGGCUAGAAUACCGAAUUGUUGAUGGCACCUUGUUAGGGGCUGUCAGGAGUAAAGCGAUCAUACCAUGGACAUACGACGUAGAUAUUGCAUUACCUGCCUCCGUGUAUAAAAAUGCUUCAACGUAUACUGCUCUUGAAAAGGUUCUCGAAAAUCAAUACUAUAUAGGUUGGUCUUUCAUGAACAUGCCCAGGGGGCAUAUUCUUGUGCCCCCGUACAUCGACGUAAAUACAGCCCCUUAUUUUGACGGGCCUGAAGACUUAGAAGGCAAAGCAUUAUUCAGUAGUGAUCUGGAAGAAGCAGUAAAGGGAAUGUUGCCAGUGUCUCAGUACUGGAGACAACGUGGCUAUGUAGAUUUUUAUGAGGCAGGUCAAGCCCUGAUGGAAGGAUCGUCCAUUGUCACCAUCAACAAUGAACAAUUCGUGACUGUGAAAGAUGUGGAUAAGAUGUUGAGUAUGAAUUACGGCAAGAACUAUCGGCAACCAGCACUGAAAGGAGAAUGGUCAGGUUUGUCAGGUCACAACGGUCCCUGA